UAGGAAGACGGAUGUAGUGGCAAAGUGACAACAGCGCUCACUUCCGCUUGGUUGAGACGAAACGAGAGGGAGGGAGGAAGGAACGAGCGAGCGAGCGAGUAAGCAAAGGUCGGCGGCUGUCGCCGUUGUGGUCUUCUGUCGUCAAGCUCCCUCAACGCGGCCCAGAAGCGCCCGUGGGCAACCCUCGGUUUCCCGGGGAGCCAGUUUUCCGCGGGUUUUGCUUCAGGAAAAUGUUGGCUGCUGAUGAAUUUUCGCUGGCCGAUGCUCUACCAGAGAGUUCCCCUGCCAAGAGUUCCUCAGUGGGCAAUACAAAACCACCUCAACAGCCCAGCCAACCUCCACAAGCCUGGCCAACCUCCAGUCCAUGGAAUAACGCACCAAGUGCUCCUCCUGCAGCUCCAUCUGGUUUGCCUCCUAGCUCAUCGACUUCCAACGUGCCUUUUGGUCCCCCACCAACAGGAAUGUAUCCUUCCCUCCCCCCCGGGGCACCAGUUCCUUUUCCUCCUCCUGGUUCUUCUUGUCCUCCAGGUGCUCCAUAUCCACCCCCUGGUCCUGCCCCACCAGGGCAAUAUCCACCACCAAGCAUGCCCUUCCCCGAGAUUCCAAGGCCAUAUGGGGGUCCCACUGAACCAGGUGCGCCCCCUGCUGCUGUUGGAGCAUGGGGAUCCAUGCCCACUGGAGGGUGGGGAGCCUCAGUUGGGGGACAGUAUCCUGCACCUAGUGUGCCAUAUCCACCUCCAGGGCCAUAUUCCACUCCCACUCAGACUCCAGGGGCUGCUCCUACAGUGCCGUGGGGUGCUGUCCCCCCAGGACCAUGGGGACCUUCGCCUCCUGCCCCAUUUCCUCCACCAACAGGAUCCUACCCAGCUCCAGGGCUGUACCCGACACCACCUAAUCCUUACCAAGUGCCACCUGCGCCUGCUGGAGCACCAUCCAUACCUGGUGGCCCUCAUCCCUACCGUUGAACUUGUGGCAGGCUGCCUCCCUACCUAUUUACAAAGAGAAGUUUUUAGUAAUCUUUUGGAGUCUUGAAGAGCCUACCUGUGUUCUGCCAGCCCAUUUGUGGUGUGAGGGAGCACUCCUCCAACGCUUAUUUUGUGUGAGAUGGAUUAGGAUAAACAAGUUGACUGCCCCAGCUCUCUAAUCCUUACUCUAGUCAAGAUUUCAUCAAGUGACAUUAGCCUAAUGAGUAAGGACUAACCCUGGAUCAAUACUACAACUGUGUCUUAAUUGCGGAUUUAAAGGAUUGACCUGACUGACAGACCACAUCUUAAUUUAAAUAAUUUCAGUUAUCUGGAUAAGCUUCUGAAGAAAUGAGCUAGCCACCCUUCAUCAAAUUGAAGAGAAGCAAAGCACAUUAAUUUAAAGCAGUUCUCAGCAUCAGACUUGAUUUGUUCUAUUUGAGAAAUCUUUGUAGAGAUGAAUAUCUGGUAUUGGAUGCUUAAUUCCUACAACAAACACACUUGGGGAGCAUCACUUUGGUUUAGAUAUUCAGGUAGUUCAAAUAGAUAUUUCUGAUAUGAGUUUCCCAGCUGUAUUAGCCAUCAUAUUUUUGGGAGCCAUCUAGAAAUUACUGUACCUGCUUUUAAGUCUGAAGCUAAAACAUUUUGGUUUUAGUUUGAGUGAGCCUCAAAACCAUUUGAAGAGUUUUGUGCACUUCACUUCUGAAAGCAAAAUUUCUUUUAAAAAGUUCUUGCAAGAAGGGGUGGAAAUGUAAUCAGUAUAAGCUCCUCUGGCAGCUCCAGAGUCUUUGAAAAUUAAUUUGGAAGCUUUACUUUCAUGUGAACAUCUGGUUUCGGGAUAACAAACUAAACAGGAAAGUUUCUCUACUUGAGGAUGUCUCUUAAUGCUCAUGAUUAGAUUAUUGCAACGUGAUUAGUUAAAAUGUACUUGGUGAAUAUUGGCAGUAGAUGCAACAAUCUAGAUGUACAGUUUUCUCACUUCAGUUUUGGGGUGAACACCAAAAAGCCAGUCCCUUGUGGAAUUUCCCAUGGACAAAAUACGCUGGACUCAUUUAUCACGGUUCAUAAAGAGUACAACUCUUCAUCACUGUCUUACUAAUAAGUCCAGGUUUUAAAAGUUGAUAACUUCCUUCUCUGAUCUCCAGAAAUAUGCUUAACGUAGAUGUCUAACAUUUAUCAUAAAUUGGCUAUUUCCAAGCUUCCUUAAAGGAAUAACUUUACAGGAGAGAUUGUUCUGCCUAAGAAGUAAUGGACUAGCUUAAUUUAGGUAAGAAUGGAUGUGACUCGGGCAUAUGUGUUGUAGUGUUUGUGGAAAUAUUUAUUUCCUCAAAUCAAAUGAAUUUGAAAAGGCCCUUCAUUUUCUUCCCUAUCCCUUCUUGGCCUAGUUUUCCCCAUCCCCACUGGUUACGUGUUAUCUUCCUGUCUUUUCUCAGUUGUCAGCUUCUCUUAAAGUUUUAAACCACAGAAAUUUGUACAGGUGAUGAGUUUAGAAUUCUAGUGAUCCUUGGAAAUAUCAGAUAAUUUAGCUUACUGGUGAGAACUGCAACUUGGCAAGUUUCACAAGUAAGCUAAAUUAUUAGAUAUUUUCAGACAGCUUUGAUUGAGGGCCCCAAUGCUAAUGAAGUGAACUUUGUAUUAUUUAAAGCAGUUAUUUGAGGAUAGGUGUGUUUUUCUUCAUUGUAGAGGCAUCUCUUUUUCUCAUUUUGAGUACACAGUUGAUAAAGUUAUUCCUGAUGACAUCAUCUUGCUCCAUAUGUUCCAGUUUGCAGUGUAGUAUUGGCUUUAAAAAGGAAUCAGCUAUAAUGUAGAAAUAUUAAAGUGAAGUGUUGAGAAGUUUCAACUGUGGAAAGAUACUAAAACACUUUGUCAGAAUUCCAGUUCAAAUUUGAAAAAUUUAGGUAUUUCCUAUGUUGGCUUGCAGUAAGGGAGACUAUAACUGACAAUAAAUUGGUGGAAAAUUAUAUGAAAUAAGAAAUGUGGAUCAAAAUUAGAACAGGUUAAUAUUACUCUUCUGUGUUCUGCCUGCUCUAUAGAAAUAUUAAAUUUUAUGAAAUCUUGAAGAAUGCUGAAAGAUGUUUUGCAAAGCUUUUCUAAGACAAUAGAAUACUUUUUUUUUGCUAAAUCUUAAAAUCAAGCUCACAGAAGAGAUUUUCUCCCCAUCCUAAGCUAAAUUAUGAUAAAAAACAUGAUUUUGUAUUUCUAGCUAUCUGUAUAAUCCCAUACAAAUCUACUCAUAAGGAAGACUUAUUAACUUCAGUGACUUUUAUGUAAGUGGUUAUAGGGCUGGAGCUAUGUCAGAUUGGGACCCUGCUUAAACUAGAAAUAAAAGCAUUCUGGGAGGACUUCCUACAUGUUAUAUCUGCUGGUGGGAUUGGCUGAGAUUCUGGACCUGCAUUUGACAAAGGUUGUCAGCCAUUGCCCCAAACAAGGGAUUGUAACAUAAGAAAACUGUAAUGCAGCAUUUUAUAUAGUUAAAAAACUCUAAAUGUUAUCUGUGCAUAUCAUUCAAAUUCUGCUGCUUAAGGGUUUGGAAGGCAAAAAAGACUCAGUUAUCUGAUAGGCAUGGAGCAGCAUUUGCAUCAUCCUUUGUUGCCAGACAUUUUGCAAACCUAUUAGCUGUUUGCUUGAUUUUUCUUGUGGCAUAAUUCCACAUUCAAUGCCUUGGUCCCCUUUCCACAGAAAUAUUUCAUGAACACCUUUCUGCCUAUAAAACAUUCUGUCAGCCUUUAAUUUACCUUUGAUGCAUCACUUAGAUGCUGGAGGCAAAGAGGACUGUAAGAAACUGCAGAGACAGCAAAAUGAUAUGCAACUGACACAGUUCUGUCCUUGGCAUCAAGACAUCCAAGGCUAACCUGUAAGUUGCAUAUGAGUGUGAGGACAUCUCCGUGCCCCUAUAACCUGGCUCAAAAUCCUUUAGUUAAGUAAGAAAAGACAAGAUACAAUCAGAUUUUAAAAAUGGGAAAGCUUUGUGGUUAAACACCCAGCUAAAACAAAGCUUGCUUUCUUACUAGGGGUUCAGCAUCUCUGCUUAUCUUAUUCCUUCAUAUUAAGAGAUUUUUUUCCUGCCAUAUCGAGAUACUAUUCCUCCAACAAUGGAAGACUCCCUUUCAGAAAGCAAUUGUAGUUUGAUGCUGUGUAGUAAAACCUUUUUAAUCCUUCUGUCUCAUGUGUGAGUGAUUUGGGGCAUGAUGCUUGUUAUGCAAUGAAAUUUGUAUUGUUUAUUGUGUUCCUUGUGAGCAAAAACUGCCGAGAAGUUUGGGGUGGGUUGUUUGGCUUGUGCUUCUGGGAUGGUUAUUUAACUGCUUUUGUUUAUGACAUGGAAAUAUUAAGCAAUCACACUUCUGAAGUAUAGACCAUAUCACUUGCUGCUGUAUUUUUUUCUUUAUAGAUGACAAAUAUUUGCUGUAUGUUGGUAGUGAAGAGGCUUUAAAUACAGGAUUUGAUAUUUUUUGAAAA